GGCGGCGCUGCGCACGCGCAGACCUUCGCGCCACUAAGCGGUGUUCGCGGGUGCGUAAGCUCUCCAGUCCGGUGGGCUCCGCGGCGCUCCAACCUCUCAACCAGGGCGCAGGUCUCGGGGCUCAGAAUGUUUCCGGAACUCAAUAACCUUCUCAACACCAGUCCCGACAGGGCGGAGCAAGGGAAACUGACCCUCCUCUGUGCUGCCGAGACGGAUGGGAGCUUUCUUGUGCACCACUUUCUCUCCUUCUACCUCAAAGCUAAUUGCAAAGUCUGCUUUGUGGCCCUCAUCCAGUCCUUCAGUCACUACAAUAUCGUGGGACAGAAGUUGGGUGUCAGCCUGACUGCGGCUCGGGAGCGCGGGCAGCUUGUGUUCCUCGAGGGACUCAAGUCUUCGGUGGAUGUCUUCUUUCAGGCCCAAGAGAAGACACACCCCCUGCACUUUCUCAGGGAGGCCAACGCCGGGAACCUGCAGCCAUUGUAUGAGUUUGUUCAGGAGGCCCUGAAGCCCGUGGACAGUGGAGCGGCCGCGUGGAGGUGCCCGGUGCUGCUGGUGGACGACCUCAGUGUGCUGCUGAGCCUGGGCGUGGGGGCGGUGGCCGUGCUGGACUUCGUUCACUACUGCAGAGCCACUGUGUGCUCGGAGCUGAAGGGGAAUCUGGUGGCCCUUGUGCACGACAAUGGAGAUGCUGAGGACCAGGAGAGCUGAAUGGCCUCAGCCAUCAGAGCCACCUAGUCCUGCGGGCUGAGGGCCUGGCCACCGGCUUCUGCAAGGACGUGCAUGGGCAGCUGAGGAUCCUGUGGAGGGCAUCCCAGCCCACGGCCCAGCGGGGUCGCAGCCUCACCUUCCAGUACAAGAUACAGGACAAGAGCGUGACCUUUUUUGCCAAAGGAAUGUCUCCUGCCAUUCUGUGACCUGCUUUACAGGCCGCUGAAGCUACCCGGGACUGUUUUCAGAUGGGGCUCUGUGCCUUCGUAGGGGUGUUGCAGGCCAGACUGGCAGCCCCGCUGGGACCCAGGGGACGGUGGAGGGCCGAACGGUGCUAUGAUGGCGUGGUCUGACAUAGGACACGUGACCCUGCCUCUGCUCAUGGGGGCUAAAGGAUGUAUCCCAGCACAGAGCCUCUGGAACCUUCCUCCAUGGGAAUGUGCUCUAGCCUCGACUGUCCAGCUUGGGUUGUGCCUCUCAGAGCCACAGGGUAUGAAUGUCCCAGCCAGGGAGUUGUCCCUGAUGGUGGGCAUCCAGGGUGACAGCUGAAGGUAACUGUAGCUGUAAUAAACGUGUGAGUUCCCACACGGA